UGGAGAACAAGGAAGGACCUUAUUCCAGAGCAAAUGGAAGUAUUUAUCACAUUUUGUAAGAAAGGAGCAGAGCCAGAUGCCUGAGGCCACAUUUUUAAGCUGUCCCAAGCCAACUCCUCCUUUCAACGCUUAAGUACUUUACCUUCAGUUCUGAUUGCUGGUCCUCAUCUUUCAACAUGGCACAAACACGACUGUUAGUGCUCUUCGUUGUCACUAUUCUUCUACUGGAUCAAAUUAGAGGACAAUCAUCAAAAUUAAAGACUCGGAAAGACCGCAGAAUAAAAGAAAAAGGUGAGAAUCAUAACAUUUGUAGAUUAAUUGGGCAUAUAACAUUCAACUCCUCUCUCAUUCACUCUGUUUUAAAAUCACUGUACCCUUUGGUUUCAAAUUAAACAGAAUAAUGUUGUUAAGAUCUCAGUAACACAAAUGAUUUCACAUUUGUACAGAAUUUUUUUAAAAAAUUUUUUUUAAUACAUUAUAUAUUUAGUUCUUUAGUUCUCCUGGACAGGACACUAAGAGUAUAUACAUCAGAAUUAAACGCAAUUUUAUAUUAAUAUUUAUCUGUUAAGAGACACUGCAGAGCUAACAUUGGGCAAUAAAGUAAAAGGCUUCAGUUAAUAGUUCAAUCUAAACCUAAAUUGCAUUUUUUUGCUUUUUUAUAUAGAAAAGGACGGUGAUUUGAAGACCCAAAUUGACAAGCUAUGGAGGGAGAUUAAUUCCCUAAAGGAAAUGCAAGCAUUGCAAACAGGUAAAUACACGUGUAUAUUUUUUGACAAUUAUUAUAGAAUAGUCAGCCUAUAUGUAGAGGUGGUGUCGUUUUUAGUUAUUUUAUGGACAACCAUAUUUUGAGAACAUGAACAAAGCCUCUUUCAGGACAGCACAGGAGCCAGCCAAGACGUAUAAGAUGCAAACCUUGUGUUCAUGACCAUAUGUAGCUUCAGAGUGUUAAGAUGCAAACGGUUGCUUCCAAACUAGUACUCUGGACCACCAAAUCCUCAGGAGUUUCCUCAGUUCUAUUCCAUUCUCUAGAACGUUAAACAUGGACAGGUAUUUUUGAAUUGGCCUGAGAUCUACUGUAAUAAAGAAGAAUAAAUGUAUGAUACAUGUUUAAAAUAAAAAUGAUUGUAAAGUUUCUGACUUGGUGGGAUUUCCCAUUGACCAGCAGAAAGAGCAGCAAUAGAGUGUUCGAAAGAGAAAAGAUCUACUCAGGGAAAGGAGGAGUUUCAAAAUGAAAGUCCUAUCUAUGAUCCUUUGAAUAUCAGCCGUCCAUUAUCAUACUCCUUGAAGGUCAAUGGAACAAUGACUAACUCAACCUCACAAGGAUGCUACUGACAUAAGUCUUUACCCUAUCUUUAAAUUCAGACAUUUUUCAAAUCCUGUCAUUUUGAUAUUCAAAUAUUGCUCGUAUUUUCCCCUCGUCAAAUGCAAGAUAUAACCUUGGGACAUUUUAAAUCUUACCCCUGCAUAUUAACACUUUGUAACUUUAAUAUAUAUAUAAGGGAAAUAGUACACAAAUUUCAAGUAGCUUCACCACAGAUUACUGAACUACUGGGAAGAAUUGUUAAAGUGGAUGAGAGAAAAUGCAAACAGUAUACUAUUGCAAAAAUUGCUCUUGCUGUUUAGAACCAUAUCACUUCUGUUACUGGCAAAGCAAUUUCUAACAUGCUUAACAAGAUAUUUUUGUAUUAGAAUAUCCACCUCUGUUACUUAGAAAAUGUUUUGUUUUUACACACUAUUAACCAGACUACCUGAUUGGCUGCAGUGAGUGACAGCAGGAGUGGGCAGGGCAAUGGUCCCUCUCCACCCCGUAACAUUUUCUGUUCAUUGACCAAACCUAAAUUAUGAAUAAUAUACAUCCUAUUGGGCGUAUGCAGCACAUUGAGUUAUAGUGUGCAUUUAGAUAAUGUUACAAAAUAAAAAAUAUAAUUUUUUUUUUUUUUAAUAAAGCACAAACUUCUAGAUUUACCUCUAUUGAAAAAGAGAUGGGCAGGUUUUCCCUAAAAAGUUAAUAGGAAGGACGGUUUCACCUGGCACACUGCUGUUCAUGCGUAUGUGUCCCCAAAACGCUCAUACAGCAGAGAGUCAGUAGUGAACAUCAUGUUCUAGUAUUCGGGUUCUGAGAGAGGACCACAAGGGGGCACACUGCCUAGGUCUCCCUAAGGCCACUGAGCAGUCCUCCACACCUCCUGCAGCAAGUGAAGAUAGUCAAGGGGAAGAAAGGUUCACCAAAUCUACAUGCUAUGUCAUCCAGAACAACGUACGUAAGGUCGUAUUUUAAGCUGAUAAUCCAGUUGAGACAAGGCAAAACCAUGGCAAACAUUGCAAAUUAGGAGACGAAAAAGAAAUGGGGUUUCCUUCCUAUUUUUCGCUGUUUGCUUUCUCUUUGUGGAGGGCCAGUUGCAAAGGACAGAGCUUAUAACAAUGAUUGACAGGCAGCUAAAAUGGAGGAGCUCAGUUUCAGGAUAAAGAGUUGUGAAUUUCUACUUUUAAUCAUUUUUUACACCUUCAAAAACAUUUGUUAAAUAUAAGGACAAGGAAACAAACCUAAUAUUAAAAAUUCCUUUGAAGUGACAGUCCCCAGUUAAGACGUUUGUGGAGCAGUAAAUGAAGUGACCAAAGUGCAAUACGAUAACUUGUUUUUGCAGUUUGAAUACCAUACAGCAAUUUCAGAAAAAUAUUUAGUGAUUUAUCCUCUAAAUUGGGAAUUGCAGAGCACAGACGAGGGUAUUGCAAUUUUAAGUCAAAACAGUCAAAUUUAAAAAUAACAAAAACAAAAAAACACUCAACUUCUCUUCAUUUCCAGCAUGAUGAUAUUGCUAUAAAAUUUUCCUCUGUUCUGCAGUUUUUCCAAUCCAGAUAAGCAGAAAUAGAAUAUACAUUUAGAAUUUUAUCAAAGUCAUGAUGUAAAAGGAAGCUACCAUCGAUGACUGCAAAGCUAGCUUUGCAAGUUAGGCCGAAGCCAGAUUUCCACAGAGAAAAAUAAACACAGCCAUGGCGCUCAAUAAAACAGAUUAUUAUAGAGUUACUGAAGAUGGCAGGGCCAGGAAUAACAUUUCGACAACCACGUAAAUAAAGCAUGGAUUAUAUACACUCAUGGAAUGUUUAAGAAAUGCUUGGCUGUUCGGCUCUGUGUUACACUCUAUUUACUCCCUGAGACCAGACACAGAGUCCAUGUUCUUUUGCUUGGCUCUGAAAGAGGCCGGUUUUAUAAAGAACCCCUUAGACAUUUUGUACAGACACAUCCUUAUAUCGUAGAGGAAUAGGCAGUAGUGGCUCCUCUGCAGCUACUGAUGGGAUAUAAUUCCCAUCUUGCUGAACCAGCUGACUUAUAAACUGUUCUCUACAAACCAAGUUACAACCAAGACUUUGAACCCAGGUCUAGAUUGAAUGUAUUCCUAAAUACAGGAAGUUUGAAACUAGCUUAUUUUCCUACAGGGGCAGGACAUUUGCGAGCAACAGGGAAUGACCAAGCUGCCAAACCAUCAGCAGACUGCCAAAAUUGAACUACUGAGUUUUCUGAAAGCAAUUUCACUAAGUAGGGUAUUGAGGCCAUAGUAGAGCAAUGGUCUAUCUAAGGAAGAAAUGUUGUAAAUGGAGAAGGAGAAACAAUAUUUCGUGUUUUUUUCUGUUCCCCAGUUCUGCCAAGACUUAACUGGAUUAUGGUGUAAAUCGCAAAAUCUUUAACAAAUAUAUAUAUAUAUAUAUAUAUAAAAAAUUAUUUUUUUUAUUUUUUGCUGCAUUGUAUGAAAAUAAAAGGGUAACGUUAUAGGUGAUUUUCAAUUCUUUAAUUGAAAGAUGAGAUAUCCUGACGUGACCAUUUCCCUUUAAUCCAAAAUAAAUAAUGUAGCAUCUCUUGUAUUUACAGUGUGCUUGCGCGGAAUCAAGAUUUAUAAAAAAUGCUACUUGGCAUUCGAAGAAACUAAACACUUUCAUGAGGCCAAUGAGGAUUGUAUUGCGAAAGGAGGAACUUUAGCGAUUCCUAGAGAUGCAGAUGAGAACAGCGCUCUCCGUGAUUAUGCAAAAAAAGGCCUUCCAGGCACAGGAGACUUUUGGUUAGGCAUCAAUGAUAUGGUGAAUGAAGGAAAAUUUGUAGAUGUUAACGGGAUUGCGAUUACAUACUUUAAUUGGGAUCGUCCACCGAAUGGAGGCAAGCGCAAAAACUGUGCCCUCUUGACUCAUGCUUCUCAAGGAAAAUGGGCGGAUGAAGUUUGUCGCAGUUUAAAGAAAUAUGUUUGUGAAUUUAUUAUUCCGUAAAAAUAUUGUGAUAAGAAGGUUGUGAUGGUAAUUGAUGAAAUGUUUACUGGAUAUAUAUUUCAAACCCUAAAAAUUUAGAUAUUCAUGUGUAAUCAUCACCUAAGAGUCUUAAAGGGAUUUAUUCACUAAAAAGUGAUUUGUAGUGAAUUUACAAUCAAAUUGAGAAUUUUUUCAAAUCAGCUACUUGGCCCUAAAUUUUCCAAAUUUAAUUUAGUACAAUUCAGUGUUUACUAAAUAUAACCCUAACAUUUUUAGCGCUGUACUAAGACGAUUUUUACACCAGUUUCUAAGGCACAUUUAAUUAUGAUUGGGACAUAUUUUUAUAGGAUUAGAAAUUAGUUUGCAUUUAAAGUAAUUCUGUACAUUUUUUAGUGAACGUUUUAUGACAUGUUAAUUUUUUUUGAAGGAGACAUUUCCAAAGUUAAUACAUAAUUCUAAACAUAAGCCGCAUAAUUCAUUGCUGUAGAAGUUCUAUAUUUAUCCCUUAUCAAACGCUAUUGCAGCCAUCAUAAUGUCUGGACCGUGUAACUGGCUCUGCUCUUGACCUGCCUCCUUGACAGUCUAAGCCAAUCCAAUUCUUUCUUAUGAGAAAGCAUUGUGAUUGGCUCAGAUCACAACUUGUGUCAGCUAAGGAGGCAGAUCAGGGGCAAAGCCAGUAGCAGCAGAAGACUGAAAUAAAAGUAAGAUUUUACUAUAUUUAGGGGGCAAGAGGGGGCCAGGGGAUUCUAGAUGGUGUUUUUAACACUACUGGGUCAGGAAUACAUGUUUAUGUUCCUGACCCUAUAGUGUUCCUUUAAAAUAUCUAAAAAAGUGUUUAGUUGUUUUUUUUUUUAAAUUUGGCUCAAAACAUGCAAUUCCUUUGUUUAUUUUGCACAAUUACAGAUUUAGCGAAUAACACCCCACAAGAUUUUUUUUAAGGUUUGUUGAUUGAUGCAAUUCUUUAGGUGAUAGGUUAACUUUAAUUUCUUGGGGGGUUGGAGGGGGUGGAAACCUCAAAUAGGUCAUUGUUGGCAAUAUGUUUGCUUGCUGUCUCUGGUUAAUAAUUAAGGUAUGACAUUGAAAAUCUCUUUUGGAUUUAUGCCUACAAAUUGUAAGAAUUAAAUUAUUCAUUGCAAAAAUGACGGUGCUUUACACUACAUCAGCAUUAUUACAUUAUUGGAAGUGGGCUGCAUAAUGCCAGCUUGUUGGUAUAAAUGAGUGAACUGCUUUAUAACGUUUUGAUUUCUACCAGUUAAUAGCUAGUUUCACACAAAGCAUUGAAAGCUGUUUUGCUCAUCUGCUCCACCAAUAGAAAUUAAAAAAACAAAAAAAAACAAACACCAUUUGCAGAGUAGUUAGUGAGUCAUUCUUAAAGUAAAUCAGUGAUUAUACACCUAAAUGGGGAAAAUGUGUAUAUCAUUGGCAGAUCCUAAAGGGAGUCCUGAUAUUGUGAGGACUGUUCCAAUUUCGGGGAGCUCCCGCCGUCAAGGGCGGUUCCAGAACCUAAUCUCAGUAGGGGCACUGGUAGAUUAUUUAAAGAAACAAUAUAGGCACAAUAACCAUUACAAUUCUCUGAAGUGUUUAUGGUUCCAAGAGAGUGUGUGUGUGUGUGUUUGUGGUACAGUGUGUGAAUGUGUAGGAAGUUAUUGUGUGUGUAGAAGUAAGGGGGCAGAUUAAAGCAAAUAUAAUUUAUUAUUAAAAUAUAUAUUCUUUAUAUCCUCUGGUGGUCAUAGUGGGGAGUGAACUCUAGCCUGUAGCUCCAUGGUAACCAUGGCAAUGCUUCAAGCUCAAGAGAGGAGAACCCGGGGAGCUGCAAACUAGAGCUCCUGGGUGUUCCCCCUCCCCUGCUGGCUGCCCAACAAAGUGUCUGUGGGACGACGAGAGAGAUCUCUGAUCUCCCCUCAGGUCCGUGAAGGCACACAGCAGAGCCAGCGCCGGCCUUUCAUGCUCUAGCAGGGAAGAGCAAUGGAGAGCCUCUGCACUUUACUGUUUUCCCGGGAGGGAGGGGGCAAUUGCCCAGUUACCCCCUAUG